ACCGACUCACAGAACAGAAGGAAUCUGUUCGGCAAUAGGCUUUGUUAUUAGUAAUUACUCGUUUUCUUGUGUUGUUAUUCAUUGUAAAACACGCACACCUUUUAGCACUGUGACCCUUGUGCACGUAGCAGCUCGGCGUUUGUUGCCAGGUCGGGUCGUCAUCCCAAGCACCACUUAGUGUAAGUUAGAUAUCAAGGGUAACUUUUCAAAAAUGCAGGUGCAGAGAGUCGUCCUCAGCUCAAGGCCAGGUAAAAAUGGGGUGCCAGUUCCUGAGAAUUUCCGCCUCGAGGAGACGACUUUAGCACCUGAUCUGAAAGAUGGAGAGAUCCUGGUUCGGACGCUUCACCUGUCAGUCGACCCUUAUAUGCGAUGCAGAAUGAAUGAAGACACCGGUGCUGACUACAUAACUCCAUGGCGGCUGUCUGAGUGUGUUGACGGUGCAGGUGUCGGCGUGGUGGAGUCCAGCCGCUGCAGUGCUUGCGCCGAGGGAGAUGUGGUCACUUCAUUCAGCUGGCCUUGGCAGACCCAUGCUGUUAUGAAAGGAAGUGACUUACAGAAGGUUGAUCCACAGUUGGUUGAUGGGCACUUGUCCUACGUUUUGGGUGCAAUUGGCUUAACAGGCCUCACUGCACUGAUGGGCAUAAGGGAGAAGGGUAAUAUCACCAAAGGGGCCAAUCAGACCAUGGUGGUGAGUGGAGCAGCUGGGGCCUGUGGCUCCAUCGCUGGACAGAUUGGCAGGCUGGAUGGUUGUGUGAGAGUGGUUGGCAUUUGUGGUUCUGGUGAGAAGUGCAGAGUUUUAGUAGAAGACCUGGCCUUUUCUGCAGCCAUCAACUACCGCCUAGAGGACGUCCCUGCAAGGCUCAAAGAGUGCUGCCCAGAUGGGAUAGAUGUUUACUUUGACAAUGUUGGAGGUGCCAUCAGUGACAGUGUAAUCGCUCAGAUGAACAACGGCAGCCACGUGAUCCUGUGUGGGCAGAUCUCACAGUACAACAAGGACGUGCCAUAUCCUCCGCCCCUGAGCGCAGAGAUACAGGACACCCUUCAAAAUAAGAACAUCACCCGGGAGCGAUUUAUGGUGCUUAACUACAUGAACAAAGCAGAUGCUGCCCUCUGUGAGCUCAGCCAGUGCGUUAAAUCAGGCCAAAUCAAGGUGCUGGAAACGGUGGUGAAUGGCAUUGAAAACAUGGGAGAUGCAUUUUGCUCUAUGAUGAAAGGGGGAAACAUUGGCAAGCAAAUUAUAAAGAUAUCAGAUUGAAGAAAAUCAUCGUGGCGGCCAUUAGAGACUGCUCUCACCAGAUGCCUUGGGAAAUUAACCAUUGCCACUCACACUAAUCUAAUGAACUCUACGAUAUUGCAUUGAUUAGCUGAUGCUUGUUGAUUACGUAUGAACCAUAAAUGAAAAACCACACAAUAUUCUCUGGAAUAGUGCUCUUAAGAAGAAUAAAAUGAAAUGUAAAGAGUCCUGGAAGCUAGAUGAGUCCUGAAUUCUAAUACUUACUGAUUUAAACUUUUGGAAACUGGUGCAGCAGUUACAUAAAUUAAUAGUAAAACAGCCUCAUGAUAUUAACCUAUGUAUUAAAGAUUCAGAAACACUAUGUCAUGGUUUUUCAAAAUAAAAUACCAGAUCAGAAUACGAGAAUAUCAGACGACGUUGAAAACAAAUACUGUUUGUAUAAAAAGGAGUUUACAAAGAAAUAUAAAGCUUUUUAAUUGUUCCCUUUUACUUCCAAUUAGUUUUUAUUUCAACUGUUAGGAGGUCAAAUAACUAAUAUCAAUGGGAAGAAGAAGACUGCGGCUACAUGAAAACACUGCCAGGUUAACACACAAAGCACUAGCUUUCUCAGCUAGCUAGCCUAGACUAGCUGGAGCCAACUUUCUUCAUUAAACUACAUCAGUCUGUGUAUGUAAUGUUAAUCAUCCAUAUACUGUACUUCAUAAUGCUUGUAGCAGUCGCAAAAGCCUGGCAAGCUAAAAGCACCAAACACUAGCUUGCUAACACUGCUUGGCGAUGCACACGUUUCUAGCAUUGUAACAUUAUUGUCAUGUCUGAGGGCCACAGUGGAAAGAAGCCGUUGGACGUUACUGUGUCAUCCUUCGCAUUGCAUACAUGUGAUUUGAUGUCUCUCAUAAUAUUAAACUAAAUGAAUGAAUUUCAUGUAGCUUUAGGUAGCUAACUUUAGGUAGCUACAGUAGCUUGCUAGCUAAAGUGCUUUAGCUACAAACAGUAUGCAGGAUGUACAUGAUUAACAUUGCAGCUGGCUUAGCUUUAUGAAGAAAGUUAGCUGUAGUUAGCAGAAAAGCAUUUUUAGUUAAGAUACUACUUAAAUCUCUAAAGAUUUUUAAGUAGCAUUUGCCAACAAAUUUUGUUUGCAUUAGCUAGCCAACUAAAGUGCUAGUUAAAGCCUACAAGGGUGACGCUAAUGCUGUAUGGAUGAUAAACACUGCAUGCAGUGCUGGUAUAGUUUUACAAAGAGCUAUAGCUAGCUGAAAAGGCUGGUGCUGGUAGAUUAAUAAUGUGCACAAAAAGCAAACAUGAGAAAAACAAAAAGAACCUGUCAGAACCUACAAAACAAAUAUGAGUGCUAGCUAAGAUUAUUACUGAGACAAUCAGUUAUAUUUUUGACUUUUGUUAGUGCUCCAUAGUCUUGAUCACUCCCAUGUAAGAUUAUGUGACAAUGAUGUAAGAGAGAUGCAACUUAUAUGAUUUACUGUAAUGAACAUUUUAUUCCACAGCACUA